AUGUCCACUACUCUCUUCCUCCUCUCCCUCCCAACCUCCUUCCCCUCCAAAUUCCACCACCACCCAAACGACGCCGUUUCUCUAACUGUCCGCGCCGCAGUCUCCUCCCCAGUCAAGCGUACCCGCCGCAAGAAGAGGCAGCCCAAGCGAAGCGACGAUGACUCCUCCUCGUCUUCCUUACUCUCCCCCUCCUCCUCCGCCGCCGAGAAGAGCCUCCGAUUCACCUUCAUGGAGGAGCUCAUGUCCCGCGCCCGCGACGCCGUCGGAGUCUCCGACGUCAUCUACGACAUGGUCGCCGCCGGCCUCUCCCCCGCCCCCCGCUCCUUCCACGGUUUGGUCGUCGCUCACGCCAUGAACGGCGACGCCGAGGCCGCGAUGCAGGGAGCUGAGCUCGGGGCUUCGUCCGGUCCUAUGCACGAAACCUUCAUCGCAUUGAUUCGGUUGUUUGGCUCAAAAGGUCGAGCUACGAGGGGACGAGAGAAGUUAGAUUACGACAUUCGCCAAGCUUGGAUACUCCUUGUUGAGGAGCUUGUUCGUAUGCACUAUUUGGAAGAUGCCAAUAGAGUGUUCUUGAAAGGUGCCAAAGGCGGGCUGAGAGCUUCGGAUGAGGUGUAUGAUCUUCUUAUAGUGGAGGACUGUAAAGCCGGGGAUCAUUCGAAUGCGUUGGACAUUGCUUAUGAGAUGGAGGCAGCGGGGCGGAUGGCAACCACUUUUCAUUUCAAUUGUCUUCUUAGUGUGCAGGCUACCUGUGGAAUUCCUGAAAUAGCUUUUGCUACGUUUGAGAACAUGCAGUAUGGAGAAGAAUUCAUGAAACCUGAUACAGAGACAUAUAAUUGGGUGAUUCAAGCAUAUACCAGAGCUGAAUCUUAUGAUGGAGUGCAAGAUGUUGCUGAGUUACUUGGCAUGAUGGUUGAAGAUCACAAACGUUUGCAGCCUAAUGUGAAAACCUAUGCGUUGCUGAUUGCGUGCUUUACCAAAUAUUGUGUAGUACGAGAGGCAAUACGGCAUUUCCGUGCUCUCAAAUUUUUUAAAGGAGGGACAAAAGCUUUACAUAAUGAUGGAAACUUUGGGGACCCCUUAUCUUUGUAUCUUCGAGCUUUAGGUCGAGAAGGAAGAGUGGUCGAGUUGCUGGAAGCUUUAGAAGCCAUGGCCCAAGAUAACCAGCCAAUUCCACCACGGGCCAUGAUUUUGAGCAGAAAGUAUCGAACACUGGUGAGCUCAUGGAUUGAACCUUUGCAAGAGGAAGCUGAACUUGGACAUGAGAUUGAUUACAUGGCCAGGUAUAUCGCAGAGGGAGGGCUUACUGGUGAGCGCAAGCUAUGGGUGCCUAGACGAGGGAAAACUCCACUAGAUCCUGAUGCUGAUGGUUUUAUAUAUUCAAAUCCUAUGGAAACUUCAUUCAAACAACAGUUUGAGGAUUGGAAGACACACCACAGAAAGCUCUUGAGAACGUUACAGAAUGAAGGACUUGCAGCUUUAGGGGAUGCAUCUGAAUCAGAUUAUAUUAGAGUAGAGAAUAGGUUAAGAAAGAUAGUAAAGGGUCCUGACCAGAGUGUUUUGAAGCCCAAAGCUGCUAGUAAAAUGGUAGUAUCUGAACUCAAGGAAGAACUGGAGGCUCAAGAUCUGCCAACUGAUGGAACUAGGAAUGUGCUUUACCAGCGAGUCCAAAAAGCAAGGAGAAUUAAUCACUCUCAUGGUAGACCCCUCUGGGUUCCUCCUGUGGAGGAGGAAGAAGAAGAGGUCGAUGAAGAGCUGGAUGAACUCAUCUCAAGGAUCAAGCUGGAAGAAGGAAAUACAGAGUUCUGGAAACGCCGUUUCCUUGGAGAAGGCUUCACCAGCAAUCAGGAAAAGCAAUUAGAUAGUGGCCAACUUGAAUCUCUAGAUGUCACUGAUAGUGUCAAUGUAGUAGAUGUGGCGAAAGAGGUUGAAGAUGAUGAGGCUGAAGCAGAAGCUUAUGAUGACGAUGAGGAUGACAAUAAUGAUAAUGAUGAUGAGGAUGAGGACGAUGACGAAGAGGAGGAGGAGGAAGUAGAGGUGGAGGUAGAAGUAGAACAAGCUGAGAGACAGGAUGUAGAAAGGGUGAAGCAAAAGGAAAAUGAAGCUAAGAAGCCUCUUCAAAUGAUUGGGGUACAGCUGCUAAAAGAUUCUGACCAGAAUAGUACAUCAUCUAAAAAGGCAAGGAGAAGAGCUUCUCGGAGAAUAUCAGCUGAUGAGGAUGAUGCUGAUGAUGACUGGUUUCCUGAGGAUAUUUUUGAGGCAUUUAAGGAGCUGAGGGAAAGAAGAAUCUUUGAUGAAUCAGAGAUGUAUACAAUUGCCGACGCUUGGGGUUGGACAUGGGAAGGAGAAUACAAGAAUAGACCUCCGAGAAGAUGGUCACAAGAAUGGGAAGUUGAGAUGGCAAUUAAAGUCAUGCUGAAGGUGAUGGAAUUGGGGGGAACACCCACAAUUGGGGAUUGUGCCAUGAUUUUGCGUGCGGCCAUAAAGACUCCUCUUCCUUCAGUUUUCUUGAAGAUCUUACAGACUACACAUAGUAUUGGCUAUGUGUUCGGCAGUCCACUCUAUGAUGAAAUUAUCUCGCUAUGCCUUGAUCUGGGAGAGCUGGAUGCGGCUGUAGCCAUCGUCGCAGACUUGGAAACUACUGGGAUCACAGUUCCGGAUGAGACCUUGGACAGGGUGAUUUCUGCCAGAGGAACAACAUGACAGUACUGUCAAUAACUCUUAAAUUUCUUUUUGUAGGCCGAUAUAAAAUCAGGCUUAUCGAAGUUUUCAAUUUGAUAAAAUUUAGUAAAUAUUUCCGGGGUGGAUCCAUGACCAUCUAAGUAAUCCGAGAACAGAAACAAUAGUCCCCGCCCCUGAGAACAAACGUAACUUGCCGAAAUCA